AUGGAACUAGUCUGCACCAGAGGCGCCGCUGGUUUGGUAGUGUACCGUCAGCUUUACGACAUGGGUCUUCGUUGGAAGAAGAAGAAAAAACAUAGGCCGGGCGGGAAAAGACUAACAAUGCAGCCGGUAGUGCCGAAGGGUCCCGAAAAUACAACUGUAGGCUUGCAGUAUCUUCGUGAUAACAUCUUCCCUGAAGGUCCCGUUGCUCUAGACUGUGAAAUGGUCGGGGUCGGCGACGACUACAGAAGUGCUUUAGCCAGGGUCAGCAUUGUCGCCCACGAUGGUACCGUUCUCUACGACGUCAUAAGCCGUCCCGAGGAGGCCAUAACCGAUUACCGAACCCGUUGGAGCGGAAUACGCCCCUCCGACAUGGAGAGAGCCAUCCCCUUCGAGUCGGUAAGGGAGCAGGUUCUGAGAAUUAUCGCACCCAUGUCCUAUUUACAGAAUCGUACCGUAGUUGGACACGCAAUAUACAAUGACUUUGGCGUUCUUAAAAUUGAGUACCCGCAAGAGCUAAUUCGGGAUAUCGCCACCUCUCCUUACGCGAAAGCUAAAGCCCGAAUACCAAUAAAAGGACCUGCGGCUCUUCGCCACCUGGCCUACGUUUUACUCGGUCUGCGAAUUCAAUGCAAGGAGCACAGCUCCAUCGAGGACGCUCAAGCGACUAUGGCCAUCUAUCGGUUGGUAGAAAAGGAGUGGGAGGCUGAUUUAAGAAAGAAGGCAGCUAAACGAUUGCGCAAUAUAAAAACGGACACUGCUGACGCCAACACUGAAAGCAAGAGCUUCCCUUUACCCUUCAGCUCCAAAGUCAAUGAUUCCGCACUGCUCUCUGACGAUGAGUACUGGACAGCGGUCGAAGAAAACGAUUCCUCUGCCUGA